GUUCAUUCUCGUUCUGGGGGCUGCAACCCUUUUCGCGCUUGCAAAACAGAUCAGCCUGCCGCUUAUCAACUUUUUGAACGUCUAUCUUUUUUCUUUUUUCUUUUUUUUCUUUUCUUCUUUGUUUUUAAUAUUCCCCUCCUACCACUAUUUCCGAACUCGACCGACUGCCGCACCGCGACCGGAGCUGCGUGAGACCAGCUAGCGGCAUUAUUCCCCUGUCACCAACCCCGAUUUCCACCAGCAAACGAUGGAUUUCCUAAAAUCCGCUGUCGCAUCAGCCAUCGCCAAAGGCAGCUCCUUUCCUUAUUCGCUUGGCGACAAAGUUGACGUUGCCGAAUCCAUUUGGGCUCUCCAUAACGCGACGAAAAGGGAUGACGGGGCAUCUUGCAGUGUCUUCACUUUCGACAUUGCCGCAAAUAAGUCUCGAUUACCGCUCGCCAAAAAUGCGGUGCGAAAGUCUCGAACAUUGAGGCAUCCCGGCGUGAUCAAGGUUCUGGACACGAUUGAGACGGACACAAAUAUCUACAUCGUUACCGAGCGUGUUGUACCUCUAUCCUGGCACGUGAAGCGGAAAAGCCUGAGCGAGGAGACGGCCAAAUGGGGGUUGUACGCAGUCGCAUCCACGUUGAAGUUCAUAAACGCCGAUGCUUCAUCCGUCCAUGGUGCCGUCAGGGCGUCAUCGGUGUUCACAAGUGAGAGUGGCGAGUGGAAACUCGGAGGGUUUGACAUUCUCAGUUCCAUGAAUGAAGAGGACGCCGUCAUAUAUACAUAUGCCAGUCUUCUACCCGACGCUGCUCGACAUACACCACCGGAAGUCAUCAAGGGAGGUUGGGAUAUUAUAAAACGCCACCCGCUCACAGCCAUCGACUCAUAUGGACUCGGUAUUCUUAUAUACGAGGUGUUCAAUGGCAAUUUCGGUAGUAAUGACCUGGUGGGCAAAACGACGAACAUACCACCUAGUAUGCACCAGAGUUACAAACGCCUGUGUACAGCUAAUCCUAAACUACGACUGAGUCCGGCUCAUUUCGUCGAGCAGGGAAAGAAGAGCGGUGGAUUCUUCCAGACGCCGCUCAUUCGCUUAUGCGAUGAUAUAGAGAGUUUGGGCUUGAAGAAUGAUGCUGAACGGGAGGAAUUCGUCAAUGAGCUCGAUGCCUUGUCGGAGGAUUUCCCCGAAGAGUUCUUCAAGAUGAAGGUGCUUCCAGAGCUUUUGAAAUCCGUCGAAUUUGGUGGAGGCGGCCCGAAAGUGCUCAGUGCUGUUCUCAAAAUCGGCUCUAAGCUGUCGUCGGAGGAAUUCAAUGCAAAGCUUACCCCAGUGAUUGUUCGGCUAUUUGGUAACCCCGAUAGAGCUUUGCGGGUCUGCUUGUUGGACCAUUUGCCGAUGAUGAUUGACAACUUACCCCAAAAAGUCGUCAAUGACAAGAUAUUUCCUCAAAUUACUUCUGGCUUCACAGAUGCGGCACCAGUGGUCCGCGAGCAGACAGUCAAGGCAGUCCUACCAAUUAUCAACAAACUCAACGACCGCACCAUCAACGGUGACCUGUUAAAAUACCUCGCGCGCACUGCGAACGAUGAGCAACCGGGAAUUCGCACCAACACGACUAUCUGCUUGGGCAAAAUAGCAAAGUAUCUCGGACAAGGUUCGCGAUCUAAAGUUCUCAUUGCGGCCUUCACAAGGUCCCUUCGCGACCCGUUUGUGCACGCUCGCAGUGCUGGUCUACUCGCGCUGGGAGCGACGAUGGAGUUCUUCUCGGAAGAAGACUGUGCGGGCAAAGUGCUGCCCGCCAUUUGCCCUUCUCUUCUUGACAAAGAAAAGAUGGUCCGAGACCAGGCGAAUAAGACUCUAGACCUUUACCUUCAGCGAAUCCGAAAGUACAGCAGCACCAUGGCAGACACGGUGCUUCCAUCAACGACCAGUCCUGAACCCGCCAAAGACACCACGCGCAUCGGAACCACCAGCGACAAGUCGUGGGCGGGAUGGGCGAUCUCGUCUUUCACGAACAAGCUGACGGCUGCUAAUGGCGAGAUAGAGCCCACCGCAAAUACUGCCGAGCCUGUCGAGCCAGAACCUGUGCGCUCUGCGUCAGUGCCUCGUCCAACUCGGUCGUCACCACUCGUACCCAAGGAAACAACACGCCCCGCGGGCCAUUCCCUGAGUCGAUCGGUGUCUGCACAGCCACCCACACUGGCUGCCAAGGAGGACGAACCCGAGGAUGUCUAUGACGCUUGGGGUGCAAUAGACGAUGAGGAUGAAAGCAGCGCAUUCAAGGGAGAUGAUCCAUUUGAGGCAGCCUCCAUUAGCAGCCCUAUCAUACCGGCUGCGGCGCCCAAAGCAGCCCCAGUGCCAUACGAUGAUGGCGGAGAGCCGGACUUUGCGGGUUGGCUCGCGGCACAGUCCAAGGGUAAGAAGCCGUUACCGAAGGGAUUGAACAAGUCUAGCCCUGCAACUGUCUCUCGUGCUUCGAGCCGAAGCAGUGUGGUUCCGUCGCGGACCGCUGCACCCGCCAAAAAGAUCGAUAUCAAGCCUAAAGAUGAGGAUGAAGAUGAUGGAUGGGGUGAUGCGUGGGAUUAAGAAAUCAAGGAAUAUUUACUAUUGCAUAGGGCCGGGCGUUUGGUGCAAAACGAUGUCGGUGGCUACUACUAUUUGGCUGUUGUUCUAUGAAUACCAAUUUUGAGUAGAAUAGAUCCGAAUAUGAUUCUAG